CAUUUUCGGUCUUUCAGCACCAAAACCAGGAGAAAAACGUCACAACCGUCUGCUGGAGUUUGUCCUGCGUCUGUGGGUUCCUGCAAAAAGGUGUCACGUGCUGUCGGUCCUCCACGGGCUAUCGAGCCUCCCCUUCCCAUAUAUGGAGAUCCUUACCAUAAAUGGACAUCGGCGGACAGGGCCUAAAUCUAUUGCAGUUACUUUCCAUUACGUUUAUAACCCGACCAUUUCAUAAUCGAUUAUGUGUAAUCCUCCUAGCGUAUAGUAUGUAACAAGUAGCCUAUAUAGAGUAAAGAUUUGCAAGUGUGGCAAGGGGCGCUUGAUAGCUCUGGGGGCUGCUUUGUCCGUAACACCGGCACUACUUUCACUCGAUCAAAUCAACCAAUCAAAUAUCAGAAUCGUGUCAGGUGAUUGCUCUGGACCAAUCACAUCGAAAAAAGCGCCCACUAACGGAUUGCCAAAAAGAGCAGACAAGAAGAAAGGACAUAAUAGAAGUGCCCAUCAUGCCUAAGCACAAGUCCAAGGCUUAUGUGUCCGACAGUGAUGACUCGGACAUAUCAGAUGACGAGAAAGCAGCGAAGAAAAGAAAAUUGGAGAAAAAGAAGAAACAGGCUGAAAGGGAAGAAGAUGAAGGCAGUGAUAUGAUUCAGUUAUCUAACAAGCGCUACGUCAGUGUACGUGAGUUUAAGGGGAAGUGCCUGAUAGACAUCAGAGAGUACUAUGAUGCAGGUGGAGAGCUCAAACCAGGAAAGAAAGGCAUUUCACUGACCACUGACCAGUGGCGCAGGCUUAAGGAAUCCAUGGACGACAUUGAUGAGAAAAUCACAGAUCUUGUUGGAUGACUGUCUGUUUCGUUGGCAAUGGUGUGCCUCCUGUGUUGUGUGUAGAUGUAGUACAUGUAGCUGUAGUGUAUAGGCCUUUUCCCAGAUCCUAUUAGUAUUACAUGCUGGGAGAUGCAUGACACUAUGUGAAGCACAGGGGCAAGCAAAAUCAUUACCAUGUAUGUAUCGCACAGCCUGGUUGCCUGGUUCCUCCGUAGUAUCCGCUGGCUCCAUAAUGUCGCAGGCUGUGGAAAUUAUGGAGAAAAGCACCCAG